GACACAGAGAAACUACUUUUUCUUCUCCUCUGUUUCACACUAAACAAUUCCGAAGCAUGGCCCCUGGUUUUUGCCUCUCCUUUUAUAACAUCAUUCUUGUUCAAUCUCUUGAAUAUCUCUAUCCAGUUUCUACUUUAAGUUCUUCAACUAUUCUCACCAAUUCCAGAUUCAAUUCUCUUACUGGGUUUUCUUAGAUUGAAUUUUCUCAAAUUGGAAAAAUGGUGCAGCAGAGAAUGAACAGUACAGCUGGGGGUGUUUGCAUUACUGGGAUUGCGAGAAGGGUUUUCAAAAAGAAGGAGCGAAUAGUUGGGCAUGUACACAGGACUGGUAUCAAGAAGAAGGAACCAAGCAAGAUAAGGCAAAAGCAAUCUGUUCCCUUGUCUGUGGUUCACGAGGGACGGCUUCAGGAGCUGUUUCAUUCAUGCCUUGAUGUGUUCAAAGGCCCUGGGACGGUUCCUGCUCAAUAUGAUGUUACGACAUUGUGCCGCAUUCUUGAUAACAUGACACUAGAAGAUGUUGGUCUGAGCAGACAAAUUAGUUUUUUCAACACUCAAAAUGCUGUGGAAGAACCUCCAAGGGUCACGACUACAACAAUAUACAAAUGUGAUAACUUCUCGCUAUCUCUCUUCUUUCUUCCUGCAACCGCUACAAUUCCUCUUCACAACCAUCCCGGAAUGACUGUUUUUAGCAAGCUUUUGGUAGGAUCAAUGCACAUCAAAUCAUACGAUUGGGUUGAUUCUGUGGAUGAGAGUGUGCCAACCUCUAAAUUGAGACCUGUAAGUUUAAAAGUUGACAGUGUCUUCACUGCUCCUUGCGACACUUCUGUUUUAUAUCCGACAACUGGAGGCAAUAUCCAUUCCUUCACAGCCAUUACUCCAUGUGUAGUCCUUGACGUGCUUGGACCUCCUUAUUCAAAAGAAGAUGGUCGAGACUGCAGCUUCUACAAGGAAUAUCCAUAUGAUUCAAUUUCGAACGAAGCAAAGCCAGUCGAAGAAGGGGAAGAAGACAUGUAUAGUUGUCUUGAAGAGAUAAAGGCGCCAGAGAGCUCGGCUAUGUAUUUCGUUGAGUACUUUGGUCCAAAGGUUACUGAAUAACCUGUGGGCUGUGGCUCUAGAUAUCUUAUUUGAAGCCCCUUUUCCCGCCCUUUCAAUGUCCAUCCUUUCCCUCUAUACACCCUGUAAUUUUAGGCUACUCGUCGUGUUUUUCCAUGUCCAUAGUUUCUCUUUGAGCAUGAUACUUCUUGAUGGUUUGCUGGUAAA